UUUAUAUAUAAACGAACGAAUAUAUAAAUUAACUUCCAGCUCGAAUUGACUCGAAAGCUGCAUUUCCGAACUGUAGCUACUAUAUGACAACUGCUCUUUGUCUUUCUUGCUAGUAAUGCUAACAAGAAUCCUGUAAUGUUCGAGUAACUAGUCAGCGAACAGUAAAUAGCUGACUUGCAGGGUCAUCGAGAUUCCAUCUGUAAGAAGUUUAUGCAUGAAUGUUAUCUCUUGCCAAAUUCGCGACGUUAACGCCAUCCUAUGUGUUUAGUGUUAAUCUACUUUACCAUUGAUAAACAAAGUUAAGCAAAGUCAGCUGACAAUGGAAGUAAAUAGCCGACUUAACUAUAAGAUGUUUUUAUUCAAAGUAGCCUAUUUAAUUGAUUAGCGCAAUAAUUAAAUGCAAUCUUGCGUAAAUGAAUGUAGUAAUGGCAUGUAAGUUAUUACUGCUAGUGGAAUGUAUUGUCAAGCAAAUAAAAUAGUGUCACUAAAAUACUGACAUUUUUGGUUAUCUAACCAUGUGUAUCAGUCCAUUCGCCCAUUAAAGCAAUAUGAUACGAGAGCGAUAACAAGCACACAGCUGUGGAUUUCCCUGAGUCUUUAUCUAGCUUGCUCUAAACCAGUUGGUCAUAUGGCUGUGUAGCAAAUCGGAUUUUAGCUUCGCAUUGAAUGCAAGCUAACGUCUUGCAACCAGCAACAAGAAGCACAAGCGCUUUGCGGCUCGACCAAUGUGGAACUGCUGACGACUGUGGAAACGCAACAUGGACAAUUUCACGAAAAUGCAUCCCGUGGCAACAUCCCAUUCCAUCUAGCCGGCUGUGUCUUGCAGAAAUAUGCUAGAAGCGUAGAGCUUUCACUGCGGAAAAAAUACAACACGAAGCAACCGGGCCAUCAUGUAUGUUGUGUGCUGUCUACGCUCAUUUAGAGGACAAUGUUUUAGCCCUUUAUAAACCAAUUUGUCGGUGGACGUCUCAGUUUGGAUUGUUUCUGCCAAGACUACCAAUACGGCCUUUGAUGGUUGUCCAUUGAUUCAGGCAAAUAUUAGUUCUGAUAGCCUACCGAAGACGUCAAGAUGACAGUGGAAGGGUCUACAAUAAAGAGUCGGCUUAAAAAUCUGCUACGAUCUCCAUCUAUCAAACUGAGGAGGAACAAACCGGGGAACAACAAAGAGAACCUUGCAAAUAAGGUGACUCUGGAGAAGGUGCUGGGGAUCACUGCUUCUGGGAACCGUGGACUGGCCUGUGAUCCUCGCUCGGGCCUGGUGGCCUAUCCAGCAGGGUGUGUGGUGGUACUGCUAAACCCCAAGAAGAACAAACAACAUCACAUCCUGAACAGCUCCAGGAAAACGAUCACCACACUUGCUUUCUCUCCUGAUGGCAAAUACCUGGUCACCGGAGAGAGCGGGCACAUGCCAGCCGUGAGGGUAUGGGAGGUGGCAGAGCGCACACAGGUGGCAGAGCUUCAGGAACAUAAAUACGGCGUGUCCUGUGUGACCUUUUCACCAAACAGCAAGUACAUCGUCAGCGUGGGCUACCAGCAUGAUAUGAUCGUCAACGUCUGGGCCUGGAAGAAGAACGUAGUGGUCGCAGCCAACAAGGUGUCCAGCAAGGUGACGGCAGUGUCUUUCUCUGAGGACAGCUCGUACUUUGUCACGGCCGGGAACAGACACGUCAAAUUCUGGUACCUGGACCACACCAAGUCCUCCAAGGUGAACACCACCGUGCCCCUGCUGGGCCGCUCCGGACUCCUGGGGGAGCUGCGGAACAACUUCUUCAGCGACGUGGCCUGCGGGAAGGGCCGCAAAGCCGAGAGCACCUUCUGCAUCACUUCCUCGGGCCUGCUGUGCGAGUUCAAUGAGAAACGGCUGCUGGACAAGUGGGUGGAGCUACGGAAAAACGACAGCAUUACAACCAGCCUGGCCACCUCUCUGUCUGUGACGGAGGAGCUGAUAUUUUGCGGGUGUGCGGACGGCACAGUUCGGGCCUUCAGUCCCGUAAACCUCCACUUCAUCUGUACCCUGCCGCGACCCCACAGCCUGGGCACCGACAUCGCCACGCUCACCGAGGCCAGCCACCUGUUUUCCUACAAGCUGGAUGCUCGAUUCCCUGACACGGUGGCACUGACCUAUGACCCCACCAACCGCUGGCUCUCCUGCGUGUACAAUGACCACAGUCUGUACGUGUGGGACACGCGUGACCUGCGCAAAGUGGGCAAGGUGUACUCUGCUCUCUACCAUUCGGCCUGCGUGUGGAGCGUGGAGGUGUACCCGGAGGUGGAUGAGGGACAGCAGGCCUGUUUGCCUCCCGGCUCCUUCCUCAGCUGCUCCUCAGACAACACCAUCCGGCUCUGGAACACCGACGGCCACAGCAGCACGCUCAGCCGCAACGUCAUCAGCAACGACCUCCAAAAAAUCAUCUACAUGGACAACAACACCUCUGCUCUGCUGGACACAGACUGCACCGCCACGAGCAACACAGAGAAGGGUGACCCACAGACCUCAGAGAACAGGAGCGGCAUCAGGACCAUGUGCGUGAGUCCAGACGGCCAGCACCUGGCAUCGGGGGACCGCACCGGCACUCUCAGGAUUCACGAGCUCCAGAGUAUGGAGGAGAUAAUGAAGGUGGAGGCUCAUGAUGCAGAGAUUCUGUGUCUGGAGUACUCCAAACCUGAAACCGGGCUGAAGCUGUUGGCCACGGCCAGUCGAGACCGUCUGAUUCAUGUGCUGGAUGCAGAGCGGGAGUACGGCCUGCUGCAGACUCUGGAUGAGCACUCCUCCUCCAUCACCGCGGUCCGCUUCGCUGCCAAUGAGGGGAAGGUGAGGAUGAUCAGCUGUGGUGCUGACAAGAGCAUCUACUUCCGCACGGCACAGAAGACCAAUGAAGGGACUGAAUUCACCCGCACGCACCACAUUGUGCGCAAGACUACCCUGUAUGACAUGGAUGUGGACCCCACCCACAAAUAUGCUGCCAUCAGCUGUCAGGACCGCUGCAUUAGGAUCUUCAACAUCAGCAAUGGCAAACAGAAGAAACUGUACAAGGGGUCCCAAGGGGAGGAUGGGACCCUCAUCAAGGUCCAGACUGAUCCAUCAGGCCUGUAUGUAGCGACCAGCUGUUCAGAUAAAAACCUCAGCAUCUUCGACUUUUACUCAGGAGAAUGUGUGGCCACCAUGUCCGGGCAUUCAGAGAUUGCCACGGGGAUGAAGUUCACCAAUGACUGCAAGCAUCUCAUCUCUGUCUCAGGAGACAGCUGUAUCUUCAUUUGGCGCCUGAAUCCGGAGCUCACCAUCAGUAUGAGACAGCGCCUCUCGGACCUGAAACAGAAGGGAAAACCAGUACAGAGGGCCCCGGCCCACAAACCAACCACUAACAGUGCCAGGCGAGAGGUUUAUAGCGCCCCAGCCCUGGUCACCUUGUCCUCCGACAGUGACAAGGAGGUGGAGGAAGACGGCAUUGAAGAAGAAGAGGAGGAUGCGCCAGAUGAGAUCUCAGGUCUCAUGUCCUCUGACAGCAGCACCAGAGAACAGACGGAUGCCUGUCAUGGCCCAGACUGGAAAUUGAAAAAGGCCCCGGCGGGGGGGAGGCCCGUGGAGACCCCGGUCCUGCCCGAGCCCGCUGGGCGCCAGCCCCGCAAACGCUGGUCCCGCCGCAUGGGCAGCAUGGAGCUGAUGGUGAAGUCCAUGCUGGACCUGCGGCAGCUUGAGUCCUUUGCCAUGCCCUCCUCCCCCAGCGAGGCCCUGCCCACCGCCGCCUUCAGAGAGGAGGAGCUGGGCAGCACCACCAGCCUGCAGCCAAUGGGAUCGCUGGUGAGGGAAUCAGAGGAGAGGAGGCAGUGCUUGCCCACCCGUCCCCACUCCAUUUCGCUGAGCACCAGAACGCCCGACUCCACCACAGAAGUGCUGUUCCCCGACCGGUACGAGGACCGGGUCAGCCUUGCGGGCAGUGAGUACCAGGUGAAAGAGCUACCCCAUGGUCCAUUGGGAAGGUGUUACCACGGAAACGAAGGUCACGAAAAACACAGCCCAGACAGCGCCUGUUCUGUGGACUACUCCAGCAGCAGGCUGUCCAGUCCUGACCGGCCCAGAGAGGACUCCGAGGCCACGGAGCCGCUCAGUGUUGAUGGGAACUCCUCUGAACUUGAGGGAGAGGAGCUGGAGGAGGAGUUGGAGGAAGAGGGGGUUGGAAGGGGUGUGGUCAGUGGGGUGGUGCCCCAGACGCCAGACCAGGAAGCCUUCCUGAAGCAGCACUUUGAGACUCUGGCCGACCUCAGCAGCUCAGCGAGCCCAACCAGAACCCAGAGCAGCACAGAGAGCAUCUCCACCAGGUUCCUCUCCCAGAACUCCACCAGCAGGAAUGCCUUUCCUUUCCCCGCUAAGCUGAGCGAUGGGACAGUGCGACCUCUGGUGUCAGAGGUGAGGCCCCUCAUGGAGCAGAACCAAAUGAAGGGCCCCAAGGACAGAGUGGAACCAGACCCCCCCGAAAAGGGGCCACUCCUUCGCUCCACCCCGCAGAAGAAAAGAGCCCCCUCCGCAGACCCCCACCGAGCGGUCAGUCCCACCUCUAAGGGUGCGGCCGGGCUGAGGAAGUCCCAGUCUGUUCAGAACCUGCCCAUUACAGCCGAUGGGCCCAGGACUCCCUCACGACCCUCCAGGGAGCUGCACCCCCAGCCCAGCGAGCGGGCCACGCCCCGCCGCACCCUGCCCUCCGUGCCCACGUCCCCCCUGCCCCGCGAGGCCGUCUCCCCCAUGCCCAGGGCCCUGAAGUCCCGCUCCUACAUGAGCCCCACCACCAGCUCCAAGGCCAAGAUGUCGCGCUCGGUCUCUAUGGGUGACGGCCUGAACCUGGGGGAGCCAGGCGACGGGGAGGACCUCAGCCCCUGCAGCAGCACGGAGCCCAGCUCCCGUGACACGCCCGUGCCCAAGGGGGGCUCCGCCGACAAGAGCAAGGCUUUCAGCCCUCUUCCCACAGCCGCGGUCUCUUCCAGCGGUACCGCAUGCCCUUCAGUCUCCACCACGCCCCGGGCGGCUGUGGCCCCCACCAUCAACACCAGCUCGCCCAGCACCCCCACCCCCAAGGGCCUCCAAGCCCGGCUGGCCCACAACCCCCGCCUGCACCUCACCCUGGACAUCCCCAAACCGCUCCCAGACAGGCCCUCCGCGGCCAGCUUCUCCCCAGUCGGAAGGUCUCCCAAGGGCCUCAGACGCGAGUCCUCCCCCAGGACUCCGGUUGGCCCUUUCCCUCAGAGCCCGGCUCCAGUCCAGCCUGUGGCCGCGCUCUCCGUCCCCGGGGCUCAGAGCCCGGCUGAGGGAGCCGCCCCCGCCGGACCUGAGCGGCUGCAGCCUGUGGGCGAGGGAGGGGAGGACACCGCCCGCCCCAGCGCCAGCCCCACACACCUGCUGGCUGGCCCCAGGCCCCAGGACCCAGAUAAUUCUCUGAGUGUUGAAGUCUGCCACCAGGUGGCCAGUGAGCUCCACAGCAGUAUGAAGAAAGCCGCUCAGCUCUACAGAACGGUAUGCGGGGCAGAGAGAGAGUCCAGUGUGGAGAUGCAGGAGAUGGCACAGGUCCUGUCAGUUGCCUUCAAGGACGUGCGGGCGGAGCUGGACUCUCUGCCCUCCUCCGGUCCUGCAGGGGGCGCCGGAGGAGCCCCGUUAGAGCCGGGGGGCAAGGAGGGAGGGCUGGGGCAGGACAGGACCCUGGCCUUACUGGAGCAGUACUCUGAGCUCCUGCUGAAGGCUGUGGAGAAGAGGCUGGACGACAAAUUCUGACCGCCUUCAACUACCCCCCUCUCCCCCAGGCCCCUCCACCUCGUAAGCAGGACAUGAUCACACAUUUCUUGUUUUAGGCUUUUUGUUUUAAAAUAGUUUUUUGGUUUUAGAACAAGUGAUGUAGUGGUGAGCAGGUGUGUGAGGCCUCUUCCAGGCUGGACUUGGAUGGUGUUGCGUGUGUGCGUGUGUGCGUGUGCGUGUGCGUGUGCGUGUGUGCGCGUGCGUGUGUAUGUGGGCACCUGUAAAAUGAGCUCACCACCCCUCAUCCUGUACUGCUUGGCACUCUUGCUCUUUCACCCAGUUGCCAAAUAUGAACCCCCCUUGAGAGCACAGCCCACAGCUCAGUGACAGUUCUUUAAAAAUCCCCAGAACUCUUGGGAGAAACGGGGACCUACUGAACCUUUUAUGGCAAUCUGAGGCCUGCCUGGCGGUACAGCGCUGCACCUCAGUGAAGGAAACGGCUGGAUCUUGGCACAGGGGUGCAAGCAGAAAGAGGAGGUGGGGGGCCGUUGAGGAAGCUAAACACUGCUGUUGGAAAUGUUCACUUUUUAAUGUGAAUUAGCUGUGAUGCGGUUUCCAGCUCAAAGCAGUGCCCUCCAUAAUGUUUGGGUCAAAGGCCCAUCAUUUAUUUAUUUGCCCCUGUAAGAUUUGUAAUAAAAGUGCAAAUUGUCAAAUUGACUUUAAUAAAGGGAAUGUUUAUAAAUUUUGGUUUCACCAUGUAGAAAUUGCAGCAGCCCCAUUUCAGGGCACCAUAAUGUUUGGGACACAGCAAUAUUAUGCAAAUGAAAGUAGUCAUGUUUAAUAUUUUGUUGCAUAUCCUUUGCAUGCCGUGAAUUCCAACCUGAAAAAUAAGAUCCAGACUCUGAUGUUGUCACAGACAUCAGGAAGUCAUGGCAUGCAAUGGAUAUAACUUCCCGAUGUCUAUAAACAUGACUACUUUCAUUUACAUAACAUUACUGUGUUCCAAACAUUAUGGUGCCCUAAAAUGGUGGAACUAUGUAUAAACACUACUGUAAUUUCUACAUGGUGAACCAAAAUGUAUAAAAAUGAUCUUUAUUCAAAUCUGACAAUGCAUUUUAACCACAUGUUAAUUCUUUUUACAAAUUUCAAAUUGUAGUGUACAGAGGCAAAUAAAUGAAUGAUGAGACUGUCCGAACUUCUAUGGAGUGCACUGUACGAUUACAAACGGACACUACAGGUAGCUAGACUGCACGACCGAAGCGAAACUCCCCUGCGAUAAACGUGGGGAACCUUCUGUCCCUCUGUUGGUCUUACUCUGGAUCCUGUUUUAUCGAACAAGUGUUGUUCAUUGUAUUUUAAACGCUCGUAUGAGCUUAUUUGGGAAGUGGGACUAGUAUUUAUUUUGUCAUGGACAGUGGAGUGACGAAAUUGUACAGUGCACGUGUUUUAUACUGGAUGCUAAAGCUCUCAUUUGGGUUUGUGCCAGAGGCAAUGUCAGUGUCACCGGUGGACACUUUGAAGGUCAGAGGUGCAGCCGCAAAAGGAACAGAAAAGAAUUGAACACGCCAAAAGCAUUUUCAGGUAGAUUUUAUAAACACUCAGUACUUUUUUAUAUUCCAAAUUUGUAUUCAGUGCAUUUGCAGAAAUGUUGUUUCUUAAUGAACUUGGUGCCUUAGUUGAAAAUUACCAGCAUUGGGCUUUUCUAUACAAUUAAGUUGCAGUCACCGACAAAUUUUGUGUGCUGAUUAAAUUAUAACCACUACCUCAGGUUAAUUCUGAGGUCAACUCAAAAUGGAUCUCUGAACCUCUGAACCACAGUAUGAAAUGGAUAGCAAUGUGUGCAAACUGCAGCAGAUAUGGCCUUCCUCUGGUGGCACUGACAAGCACCAUGCUUCAGAGCUUGGCUGGUCUGAGGGAGGAGUCAACAGAACAGAUAGAAAUGUCAUCAUGAAUGGUCCCCUCAAAGGAACUGAGGAAUAUCAAAGGAAUAUCAGUUUUUGAACAUGGAAAUCCAUACCUGACAUCACCAGGUACAAUCAGAUGGGGGUUUUGCGUGAAUGCUACAUGCACUAGUCACUGACUGGUCCACAUGUUGAGCUCUGCAAUGUCAUGGUUUCUUUGAGGCACUGUAUUGGAUAAGGUAGCGCUGUGACAUCGUCUCCAGCCAACUUGCCCAUAUUAACUGAGGACCAUUCUCUAGAGAAAUGAACAUUUCUCAAUGCCCUACAUUUGUGGUGUCUUCUCCCUGGUCUCUGGCACAAUCUUACUUUGUAAUGACCAUGUAAAGCACUUUUAUUCAUAGAAACUGUAGCGAGUAGGUCUUUAGCUUUGCCAUACCUCCAGGAAAGCUCUGGCCAGAAGGGUCUGGGUAACACUCUCAAGUCAAAUCAUUCCUCCUCCCGUCUCACAAAAUGAGCCAAGCUAAACCAUGCUGCCAUGGCAACAGUGGCAACUUUCUGCCGGCUGGGCACAGCAGUGCUGACCACUCCUGUGCUUCGGCUUUGGCCCACUGCCCAGCUACUGUCACCACCAUCCCCCUCCUCCUUAAAUAUAGUCCCAUUGCAUAAGCUAAAACAAUAUCAAUCCAAUGGAUGCAGUUCAGCCAUUAGUGGCUAUGGGCACAUAUAUGCUAUAAUCAAGGAUUACUCUACUGGUAACUGAACCAAACCCAGUGAAGCCUCAUGUCUUUCCAAUGACGGAAAUGCCAGUUAUUACACAUUAGGCCACUGCACAUGGAAUACCUUAAUUUCCUUUCAGUUGCUCGAAGAUUAAUGUUGCCCACAAACACGUGGAGUAUGUGAAAUGACAUGGCUCGCCAAAUGUUUUUCUGUCCCUGUAAUGUCUAGAAGAGGCUUGUGUCUCUAAGGCCAUUCAUUUGAAUUCAUUUCAAAAUAGAAGAUGGAAUGCUUUUAAAAAGACAUGGGAUUGUAUUUCAUACUUAAGUGAUAUGAAAAGCUUAAGGCUCAACCUUACUAUUUAACUGCAUGGGGAAGUUUGCAUGGAAGACUAUGGGGGCGUGGGACUGGCUGCCCUUAAAUUAAACUGCAUGAUUGUACAUAUCAGAUGGACUCAUUGUACGCAGGGUCUCUGCAUCGCCCAGGAAGCGACCCUUUCAGUUCUUAGCUUUCCCAUUAUGCUUAUGACACUGUCUUAAUGCGUCAUUACAGAUGGACCAAAAGAAGCAAUUUUUUUAAGGCUGUCUGUGUGAAAACUUGAGUUUUAUUUUGCACUGACUUCCAGGUCCAGUUGUGUGUUUUUACUCUGUGUUUGUACACUUUAUCCUUUGACAUUUUAUUUGAGAAUGAACAAAAACAAAUAAAAACAUUUUAUUAAA